CUGGAGUUCGGCUUCCAAUGCUGACUCUUGCCUGAUGGGACCGCCAAGUACUUAUAGUACUUAUUCGUUGCACGGUAUGCGUACGUAAGAAUUGAAUUGCAGUAUUCUUAUUGAACAUCAUCCGUCGCUCUCGCUGCCGUAGUUUCUUAUCCUCGGUCGUCGAGAAAGCUGCAAUGAGAUCACGACUUUCAACAUCUGCUGCACCUCGUGCUUUGUUUUGCUUUUCCAACCUAUUCUUGAGUGACCCGCCGGUCAUCUGUUCGAGGAAUUGAGGUCACGGCUUCAUCUGUGUCACAUUAUUCGUAGACGAUCAUGCAAAAGACGAUCCAUGAUCCGGGCGACGUUGUCGUCUGGGACAAGGCUUAUCCGCGACAGGACAAGAAAAUCAGCCCGGAAAGUGAAGAUAAGGAGAAAAGCAAAGGAGAAAUUAUAACCGGACGUAAAAGUAAAACCGGAUGUAAUCACAACGACGAUCGGGGACGGGACGAUGAGCACGCAGAAGAAGAGGAGCUACCACGCCGAGAGGCCACCUCCGCUGGUGGUGCCAAAUUCGACGAGGAAAAGGACAACAAGAAUGCGACCAACGACCCCGCUAAAGCCCCGACCCUGACUCAGUUGAAACACGAGCUCGCCUGUGGCCGGCUCGGGGAGCAGAUUUUGGAGCAGAAAGUCGCGGGGGCCGACGCUUUCGCGAUACUCAUUGGCUUUCUCCUGGCUUUCGUCGUGGAAAAGUUGCUUAGUUUGAACCCCUCGGAUUUCCAAAACCACUUGUGGUUCAAGGUCUACACCUCCAUGCUCGGGAUCGCCUCCGCCUGUGGCUUCUCCUGCGUCUUGGCGCUCACGUUCCUCGGCGCGAAAAUUCGAAGGUUGUCGGGGCGGAGUCUCUACCUCUUCGGCAGCAGUGACGAGGACGUCGACGCGCUGGCGGCCGCGGUAGGGGAACCGGAAAUCACGAAACGGGUGCUGAGUGUGCGAAAGGCCAACGCGCAGACGUCGGGCACCUCCGAAAGGUCGACCCAGGGGAAGCUGGCGUUACACGCACGAACGUGGUACUACGCAAACGCAAAGGUCUCGACCAAAUGGAAAUGGUAUUCGGAUGUUACAAAAAAUACGUUCCUACUUCGACCGCCUUUCCUGCUUCUGCCCUCCGCACAGACUCUACGCGAACGUGUUCCCGCUGUUUCAAAUCAUGCUGAUCUGCUUUCUCGGGGCGAUAUGCGUGAAGCAAAUUGACGCGCUCGAGCAAGAUCACGCGUGGCUGGCGCACCUGAACAACCUGGUGACCUGUAUCGGGCCCAUGGUCAUGUAUUUCUUUCUGUGCCGGUGCGGAGCUACCGAAGACUUGUCGUAACGCUUAGAGCCGUCUCGAUGCCUGGAUAUAGACGGAGAACAGAAGAGAACGGUCUAGCGAAUGCAAAUACUAAAAAUAGAUACAUAUUGUAGAGUGCACACAUAGACAUAGCGUUCGUGUGUACGUGUCAGUGGCAGCGCAGGAGACCGAACCCCAGCUAUGCCGACAGAAGGUGCGGAGGAACUUUCAGGGGGAUUUUUUUUCCUUCUGUUCAACGUUGCCUUGCGAGUGAUAAAGCGUUAUUGUAAGUAUAAGUAC